GCGUGCCGCGCACGGGACGCGCGGUCGGAUACGGACCGUUUUGCCGCCGUGAGCCGAUCCGGUGGGACGCGUACGAGAUUCCUCGCCUCGCGAUUUUCUUUGUCUUUUCCGACGGAAUCGCGUAACUGCACCCUCCUCCCCGCCGCGCGCGAACGCCAGCGUGCACGCUGACUAGGUGUUUUUUUUCCCCAAACCUGAUAAGCGCCAGCUCGAGAGCCUCUCGCGAAGCAACGUGAACGCGUAUUCCUCCCUCGGCUUAUUUGUAAGGUCUUAUAAAAAUGAGUUCAAGCGCGUGUUACAAAUGUAACCGUAUGGGUCACUUUGCGCGGGAGUGCCCACAAGGCGGUGGCGGUGGCAGGGGAGAUCGUGGCCGUGACAGAGACGGCGGUUUUGGACGCGGACGGGAGAAAUGCUUCAAAUGCAACCAAUUUGGACACUUUGCGCGUGAGUGCAAGGAGGAUCAGGAUCUUUGCUAUCGCUGCAACGGAGUCGGCCAUAUCGCGAAGGACUGUCAGCAGGUCAGUAGCGGACCGGAGUUGAGUUGUUAUAAUUGCAACAAGACUGGUCAUAUGGCGCGCAGCUGCCCGGAGGGCGGCAAUGAUUCUGGCCGCUUUGCGAUGCAGAGCUGCUAUAACUGCAACAAGACGGGCCACAUCGCCCGUAACUGCACCGAGGCCGGGGGCAAGACUUGCUACAUUUGCGGCAAGACUGGUCACAUAAGCCGCGAAUGCGAUCAGGAUGACAGGAAGUAGGAGACAACCGGGAUCCGUGCCGCUCGCUUAACGUUAACGAUAAGCCAUUUACCGUCGCCCGCACCACUCGGGGAGUUGUAGCUAGGUAGGAUGUCUCGCGGACUUAUGUCUCGUUGAUGUGUACAAGGAGAACUAAGAUAUGGCGCCGUCAUACGCCGUCGUUGGCAUCGCAAUGCCGUUAUGCUACGGCUGUUCGAUGCCUUCGCCGCCGUCGUCGUCGCCGUAAUCGUUCGGAUUUUUCAUCUCACCAUGCUCCCAAAUCCCGGAGGCCAACCAGCCCUCCUCGCCCUUAUUCCUUAAUCUCCUUCCCCUCUCUGCCCACCGUUGUUCUCUUCGCAAAGGAAUUUUUUUUUUUCUUAACGAUGUCUUUAAGUUUUUAUUGCUGUUACACACCGACACCCUCGUUACACGUACAUUUGCUACGUGAAUGAGAGCAGGGUUCAUCCUACGAGUAACACGUCCUAACAUUUACAUUUACACGUAUAUGAUACACAAACAUACACAUACACCCCACACUCAUAUGCCACACGCAUACAACACAACCUAUGUAAUAAUAUUAUAAACAUUCUAUUGAAUUAGAGUAGAGACAUGAAUCCUCUGUCCCCUGACUUUCUAACUGUCUCGUAUGCGCAUUGUUUUCUGAUGCAAGAUGUAUGGAUUCUCGGGAAGCUCACACACGUAGCCUCGCCGAGAUUUGGCGCGUGCUCGGGCAGUUUUGCGCGAUGUGAAACGCGCGUGAAACUACCUCCACGCGACGGCUCUCGCAUUUGUAUAAAUAAAGCAUAAAUUUUACGAUACGACUGCUACAAUUGAUACACGGGAAUAAAACAAAACCAAAAAAAAAAAAGAAUGGGCCGCCAUUCGGCGCCCGGUAGACAGAGAGGAACGUCUUUCAUUGACACGGAUUAACGAACGAGUCACAAGGCACGGGCUCACGUCGCACUACUUUUCGCAUCCACGCAUCUUGUAUUCUCCGGUCCUCCCUCUCGAACUCUCUAGCCGACACUCAUAAAUAAAUCGACAAAUGAAGGAACGAAAGAAAGAGUAAAAAAAAAAGAAAAAGAAAGAAAGGAUUCGGAAGCGAACGCGGAAAAACGGGAAAAAAAAGUAUGCGAGAACACAUGCCGGCCCUGAAUGCAUAAAAAUAAGAUUUAGUAACGCUAAUUUUUAAUGUGUAAGGAUGUAAUGAGGAUCUCACCGAGCUGUUAACUGUGUGUCACUUGCGUUAGUUUGUUUCUUUUUCUGUUUUCUUUUCUUUUUUUUUUAUAUACAACCGGACUCAUCUAGUUUCUUAUAGGUGUACGGACAAAAAGCGAAGUAUAGUUGUAGGAUUGUCAGUGUUUACAGGUUUAUAUGCAAUUAUACUCAUACCCUCCGACUUCGAAGAAGUAGGGCGAAAGAGAGAGAAGACGUGCGUGCGUUUUCUACGAUUUUUUUCUGAAAAAAAAAACGUAAAAGAGGAAGGACAUACGUUUGCGAUUAAUAUCAGUAAGAUACGUCCGAAAUGGUCGCUACAUCGAUAUGUAUGUAUAUAUACAUAUAAACACGGUGGUCUAUACAAAUUGACACAUUUUGUACGUACAAUCAUAAUUGUUAACGACGAGACUAUAGAUUCAUAUUGUUCAUACUACUCGCUGGUCUGUUGAUAGGCAUGUGUGACGAAUGGCGAGCCCACAGGAGGAAAUGUACCAACCUUACUAUAUCCUUACAUGUUGCGGAAAAAACUUCGUUACUACGUAUAUGUAUAUAUAUAUGCGCAUGUGUGUAUACAUAUAUUUAUGCAUAUGUGCAGGAGGUGUAUUUUGUACUUGUAAAAAGCUAGAUUAUACUCUGGUCGUUGCUGGUGAUUAAUUCCAAUAAUAUGCGGUUUCUCUCUUUUGUAUUACGUGAUACGAGAUAAAUUUAUAUUUUUCAUGUAUAAAGUAUAUCCCGAGGUCGGCUAUUACUCUUUUUUUUUUUUUUUUUCCUAACACAGUUGUAGGGACAAAAUUUUUGUAUAGAUGCGGUCAUAUAAGAAACGAAAGUUGACUCGAGGGAAGAAGAAGAAAAAAAGAAAAGGCUAUUCCCCGUCGCACGCGAAGGGAACGACCACUUACGCUCGACGCGAGUACAAAGCGAGAUUUUUUUUUUUUUUAAUAUAAAGGAGCGCGUGAACGCGCGUAGCAUACACGAUGAAAUUAUGUUAGCGGGAGCAUCGCCCCGUCCGGUCGCGCGGUAUUUUAUGAAAUAAAAUGCAAUGCGAGGUACAUAAUUAGAGGAUAAGAUGCGAUUAGAAUCCCCGACUACUUUUUCGAAAUACCCGGACCACGUUCACGCUAAGUAGCAGCAGAGAGCGCGAUCACGCUGUAUCAAUUCGUCAUGGACGGGACGAAAUCUUUGUUUAAGCCCGAAAGGCGGAUCGUCGCGCGGACAUCGCUCGUCUCGAAAGAAGAGCGAGGACCCCCUUGCGGGGAUUGCGACGUCCGCGCGACGAUCCGCAUGCUUUGCGCGGCUUCCUCCGUGGUUUUACCAGCAGCGACAAUUGUGUAUUAACGUUCAGAAGCCAGGCGUGCCUGACUAUCUCGGUGGAAGAAGGGCCCGGGGGGGCCGCGACCGCCUUCUGGGGCGGCGGCGCACCCGUGGCAGGCGUUUCUUUAUAGUAACCCAGGUGUCCUGCAAACAAUUUUAUACACUUAACACACACACUAUGCGGGACUUAAAAAAUGCCGGAUCUCAUUGCGUAGUUUCGGUGUGCUAGUGCUCAUGUCAAUGACGAGACUCGGAGAGGAUCAAACAAAUUGUACUUCGCUAUAUUGGACCUUCGCGCGGACCUCCGGCGCCGACCAGUGGCCACGGGCACACGUCGGACCAAGUAUAUUCCGGAUAACGCCAAGUGUCUAAACGAAUGCGCCGAGGGCGCGGGAUAUUCCCGAUGAUCUUCGUUCGGUCUCGAACUUGAUCGACAGACUCGACGUUCGAUUUGGGAGAUCUUUCUCUCUCUCUUCUCGCUGGCUGUCAGAGAGAAGCGAGGAAUGGGUCUCAAAAUCCCUCGCUCGAAGUCAGGGAGUGUCUCGAUGACCUGGGACGUCGAUUAGACCUCCUCUCAGACGUCUCUUUCAUACUGUCUGGCUGGGAAUGACUUGAUACAUCACACGUGAGAGAGCAACAGUCUCGAUAGACACACACGCCGAUUCCCUCCGCGACACCGGUCUCCGUGGUUUCGUUGGCGACGCCGGAGGUCCAGACGAGCAUACGAAUAAUUAUUAUAAAGAAUAAUAAUAAAAAAUAAUAAAAAUAAAAAUGAGUGCGAUUAGGGCACCUGCGCUUUUGUCUCUGCUACAAGACUUACGUACGAAUAUUGUAAAGAAUACGACUGUUACAGUGUAUGAAUCUAAUUCGACCGGCGGCGCACGCCGGGUCCACGGCUCGACUUAUAUAUUAAACUAAUCUAUUAAUACUUAAAAAAAAAUGAAGAAGAAACGAGAGAGAGAGAGUGAGAGAGAAGAAUGAAGGAAGAAGACAAGGAGGAUGAAGAGGAAGAAGAAAGAAAAAAAUACAAAGUAAUAAAGGAUUAUGGAGUAUUCGAAGUUAUGUUUUUAAACUGAAUUUUUGAAAUAGAAUGUGUACGGAGAGGCAAA